AUGAGUGGGCAUGAUUCUGUUACAAAAAUAUCUCAUAUCCUGAAUGAACCGGUUAACGAAAAGGUAAUGGUACAAAACGGGUUCCAUGAAAGCUCUAAAAUUGCAGACAUCGAAUUAGAGAUACAGGAGCGACCUUCGAUUAAACAAUGGGAAUCGCCGCGGAGUGCUGUAAUUCCUACUUCAAAUCAUAAUUUUAGCCCAUUUCUCUAUACGCAAUUUAAAUCUCGUGGUGCAGCACCGUUUGCACCUGAAACAAUAAAAUCUGUAGAUUUAGUUGAGCUACCGGAGGGUGUACCCGCAAGAGUGUUUCAUGAAAAGACGGGUUUAUUUUAUCAAAUAUCUCCACACUCUAUUCCAACAUUUAUUUUAGCCAAAAAAGAACUCCCGGACCCCAUAAAAUUUUAUGAGUUAGUGGAAGACUUAGGGUCAGUUUAUGGAUGUGUUAAGUUGAAAAUUAUACCAGAUGCUGACAAAUUUACUCAACUAAAUGUUGAUGUAGAUCGCCUCUGGUUUAAAGCAAGAAAACAAUUUUUCAAUUCGAAUGAAUUUCAAAGAACCAAGAUAGUUGAUUUUUAUGCGAAGUUGUAUAAUUUUCACAAUAAAAUCAAAAAGAGUACUCUCACAAGGAUCCCAAGUAUCGAUAAACGCACCUUGGAUUUAUAUAGACUGAGGAGUUGUGUGAAGUUGAGGGGAGGCUUCAAUGCUGUUUGCGAAAAAAAAUUAUGGGCGCAAAUUGGAAGAGAAUUAGGUUACUCGGGCAGGAUUAUGAGUUCGUUAUCAACUUCUUUAAGAUCUGCCUAUGCAAAAAUUUUAUUAGACUUUGACAUAUAUGAAGAAGAAGAGCAAGCUGCUCGUAAUAACGAAAAAAAUGAAGACAUGGUGGAAUCUGAAAUAUUUCGUCACUCAAAUAGCAGAAGUAGGGACGAAGAGGAGCCACUUCAUAAAAAAGCUAAAAUACACCGCGAUGUCUUUAGAGCCGGAUCGAUUAAUCAUGAAUUUAAAAGAAUGCGGGACAUAAAGCACAUAAAAGGGUUUCCGACUUAUUUUAACUCGUUAACUGAGUUUAAACUAGGCUAUACACAGUCAACAGAGACCACAUUACCGGGCUAUGAUUUUACUUUUUGGGAGAAUGGUAUGGAAAUAUACGAUAAAAGCAAAUACGAAACCAAAACCUCUCCAGUAUACAAUUUGAGACAGUAUUACGAAAAAAGUCUGGCUGUUUUCACUGCUAUUGUAGCGAAAUUUGGGAGUAGCUAUCCUGAUUUGUUUGCGAAACACACAACAUUACCUCAAAAGGAAUUCGAGAGGUUAUACUUUCAUUUGCUAUCGGAGCACUUUAUAGAUUUCGAAAUUGACACCGGUCUUGGACUACCCUGUUCCAUGAGAUCACCAGGAAACAACUCGUCCAAUGAAAAGUUUGCCAUUAAGAAUAUUCUAGACCAGUGGAAUUUAGACAACAUUCCUCUCAAUGAACUAUCGCUUUUACAACACCUUGAUCUGGAUAUGGCCAAUUUUACGAGAACCACUUAUGAUAUUGGAAUGUUGUUUUCUUGUCAAGGUUGGUCUGUUUCGGAUCAUUUUUUACCUUCAAUUGAUUUCAAUCAUUUAGGUUCUACCAAGUUGGUGUACAGUAUUGCGCCGAAAGAUAUGGAAAAAUUCGAAGCUUUAAUUGCUCGAGGAAAAAGUGAAUGGGAUACUAUCCAAUCAAGGCCGCGCUACUCCACCUCCGAUGACGAAUUAAAGAGCUUUAUAGAAACAGAUUUCUACAAGUCAUUUUUGGAUGCAGAACAAUCUGCUGACUAUUCAAACACUGGAGAUAAUUCAAAAAAUUCAUUUCCAGAAGAUAAGAUAGCAGGAAACACUCUACAUGAUGGUUCACAAAGCGACUUCAUAUUUGAGCCUAAUUUCAUCUUAGCCAAUGGCAUAAAACUUUAUAAGACGACACAGGAGCAGGGCUCAUACAUUUUUAAGUUUCCGAAAGCCUUCACAUGUUCUAUUGGAUCAGGUUUCUAUCUAUCACAGAAUGCAAAAUUUGCGCCAAGCUCCUGGUUGAGAUUCAGUUCCGAGGCAGCAAAAUGGACAUCUAAGAUGGGGUUUCUUCCCGGUUUAGAUGUAAAUCAAUUACUUAUCAAUGCCCUACUAAACUCCAAUAACCCAGUUUUAAGGAAAAAAUGCCGUGAUUUAAUAAGUAACUACGUCGUUGAGGAAGCGGAAAACAGCAAAAAAUUAGGGGAGUUGAUUGGCACUGUAGAUGUCGUUUAUAAUAAAUUGAAUUAUAUUUCAGAUAUUAGUUUAGAGUCAACUGGUCUUUCAAAAAUCGUUGUUACACACGGUGCAUUGCAACGUAAUUUAUCUCUGAAGGAAUUCGUGGUAUUGCUAGAAAAACCAGAAAACGGUGCUCAUAGUAUAUGUGGCAUCCCAAUACGUGAUCAAUCUGGUAAUCUCAAUGUUUGUUUGCACUCAUACUUUGAUAGCGCAAGCCUAGGAAUUGCUCUCGAUGGCUUGGACAAGCCUCCGACUUCUUAUCUGCUUGUUCACAAUGAAGAUUUUGAAAAAAAGUGGGACGUGUUAAUGACUUCUACUUUUAGAAAUAGAACUGUGCCAUUAAAUAUAAUACAGUAUUUGAUCUCUCAUACUGAUAGUAAUACUGAGUUUAAUCGAAUGUUACGCUCCAAUUUUGAUGAUUCAUUACUACUUAUUGAGAAAUGUAAAAAGUUUAUUAAGACCUUCGUGGAUGUUUCCUGUUCUGUUAAAGAUGUAGAUUUCGGAAACGGUUUCAAUUUACGUCAUCUACCGCUUAAGUUUUCUGACAACAUGGCUGAUAAUUUGGAGAGCUUGUAUGAAAGUGUGCGGAAGUGCUCAAUUGAAUUUUCAGAAAAGCCGACAAUUAUCAGACUGUAUCACGUAUCUCGGCAGUUUCCUAUCGAUAAUAGAGAUAUUAUUGAUGGCAAUAAUCUAGAUUUGCUUAAGGAAUUAUAUCAGAAAUCGUUAACCAUCCCGUUGAAGGUUUCUUAUUGGACUAAGUUGACCAGAAAAAUAUGUAGGCUUGAAUGGUUAUCCGUUUAUGAACAUAUAUUCAUUGAGCGAUGUGAUAUUAAGAAUGAAGACCCUGCGAAAUAUUCACUUCCACUGUUAUAUUCUUACUUCGAAUUUGGUUUGAAAUAUUGUGAUUCGGAAGAUAUAGAUAAGUUAGGGGAAGUGAGAAAGCUGAUUUUAAAAUAUCAGGACAUGAUGCAGAAAGUUCGAGUUUUUCUAAAAAAGGAUCCACCCUCAAAAAUAUCGCUAAGUGAUUUAGAAGACGUUUUAUUAGAUAUAGAAGAAUAUCGGUUACCCAUACAAAGUAGUUUUUUCAGUGAGCUUGAUUAUGUUAUUAGAGAAAUUGAAAAUGCAAAAAAAAUGAACGAUGUGAAUAUUCUUUAUAACACUGAUAAUAUUGAUAAAAUAGACGAACUCAUCAGGAAAAAUGAUCCUAAAUUUGUGAAGUUUGCGAACCAGUUUAAUGGUUCGAGAUUAGAUAAGAGACCGCUGGCCAGUGAUAAUUCAGGAUCAGUGAAAGCCAAACAGGAGUUAAAAGUUUUCAAAUUAUGGAACCAGCACUUGGAUCAAAUAAUGCAAAAAAAUAAAUUUAUUGAGAUACUGCCGUCGAUUUUUAGAUGUUUAGAUUUGAAGUCAGACAAAUACAUUCCUUUGGAAAGUUGUUCUAAGCGCCAAACGAAAUAUUGCUUUUGUAGAAGGGUUGAAGAAGGUACUGCAAUGGUCGAAUGUGAAAUAUGCAAGGAGUGGUAUCAUGUGGAUUGUAUUAGCAACGGUGAGUUGGUUCCACCUGAUGAUCCAAACGUUUUAUUUGUUUGCUCGAUAUGUACACCACCCUGUAUGGCCGUUGACAAUAUCGAAGGUGUGACUUUUGAGCUUGACGACUUGAAGAGGAUCUUAGUAGAAUCUUUGAAGCUAAGUUUAAUUCCAGAUCCCCCUAUCUUGAAGAAUCUCUUUGACGUUUUUGCGUUUGCUUUGAACUUCAAAAAUGAAAUGGAAAAAGAACUAUUUACUAACGGUUAUGUAAAUCAAUUGUCCUCUACGCACAAGAUCAAGUAUUACUUGAGAAAGUUAAAAGGGUCACAAUGCGGCUUUACUAAUCUGACGGAUCCCUUAAGGAAACAUUGUCAGGUGAAAGAUGCAGAAGCAAUUAAAUGGCUCACAGAUAAUGGAAGAAUCAUAAUCACAGGAAUUCCAAAUUGA